AUGGGCCAAAAGUUUGAAAAACGAGAAAUGGACUUACCGGAUCCAAAAAAGCUAACUGUUGAUGGAGUACCUCUACCAUACGUACUAGUUGGUGAAAAUAAUGAAGUUAAAUGUAAUCUGGAUCACGAAAAUGCCCACGAUUGUUUGAAUGAGGAGCUUCAGAGAGAAGUUGAAAAUAACUCAGCUUUUAGAAAAGUAAGAUUUCCUGGAAUAAACAAUAGCAGUCGCUCUGCAAUUACAAUUCGAAAUGAAUUUUGCGAUUUCUUCAAUGCUGAAGGAGCAGUUCCUUGGCAAUAUAAUCGUUGUUAA